GCGUGAUCAAAUAAAAUGUCUCACGAAAAUUUUCAAGAAUGGCUCGACGAAGUGAUGUCGAAGAUCAUCAAGAAUCUUGGGUUGGACGUUGACAAUACUCGGUACAAGUUAUUCGAAACUACCGGCAUUUUUAUUGCAUCCAUCGUGUAUCGUAUACAUUUGCAGUUUGAAAAUAAAACAAAUAUACAGAAGGAGGAAUUGUUUAUAAUACUAAAAAGACCCGUGCCGGGCCUUAAGCAAAUAACUCGUGCCGAUCUUCAAUUUCACAAUGAGAUCCUGUUCUAUCGAGUGUACCCUCGACCGGAUGAAAUCUAUGCGAAAUGUCUCUACGUCGAAGAACGGCCACCUUUCGAUUAUGCAAUCGCUUUAGAAAACGUUAAUACACGAGGAUAUUAUGCUUAUCCAUAUGUACACGAUUCUCCAAUGGAAUACACCUUAGCAGCAAUACGCGAAUUGGGACGAUUUCAUGGCAAAGGAUAUGUCAUGAAGCAGAUGCAGCCGAAAAAGUUCUUCAACAUUGUGGCACAAAUUCAAGAAAUUAGAUAUACAAAUAAAUUUACGGAUAAUAUCAUGAAAUUUGCUAGCAACACUAUGACAUUACGAGUCAUGGAAUAUCUUCGCAAUCAGGGCUAUGAUACAAUUUUCUGUGAUAAGAUGGAAGCCAUUCUGUCGAACGCGUUUGAUAAAGUGAUGAUAAAGAUGGUGCAACCGCUUGAACCUUUGGCCACGUUGUGUCAUGGUGAUUUUACAUUAAGCAAUAUUCUCUUCAAGACAGAAGACAAUGGACAACAUCGCCCAAUGCUAAUUGAUUUUGCGCUUAUUAGAUACUCGACGCCCGUCGUCGAUCUUUCUACAUACCUUUACUUAAGUUGUUCAAAUGAAAUGAGGAAAAACAAAUUUUCCGAGAUCAUGCGAGCCUAUCACGACGCGGUGAAGAAGUAUCUGUUGGACGCUGGCAUUCAAGACAUUGAGAAAUUCUCGUAUGAUGCUUUGUUGGACGAUUUUAGGAAGGGUGCUCUCUUUGGUUUCGUUCUUAUGUGCAUCUUCAAACCGGUAUUAUUAGGGCAUAUCAAUCCAGAGUUACUGGUACAAGAUAUGACAAAUUUGAGUUCUUUGGAUUUUAUGGAAAAACAUAAAUACAUGGGCGGAGACGAAAUAUCCAAAAUGCUAGCUGAUGCGUUACUGCAUCUGAAAGAUCUUGGCUACCUAAAACAUGUUUUAUAGUUCGCGCAAGAUAAUUCGGAUGUACGAAAUAUAGGAUCCCUUCCAUUUGCAGCUCUUGGAAUUAUUUCAUCCUUGUUGUUUGUCAAAUGUUAAACAAGGACGAAGUGAUGCUCAUACGCGCUGUGAACGCCAAAUAGAACGAACCCAUAAUCUAUAUCGAUUAAUAAUG